AUGUCAAGUCUUCUGUUAGCCUCGUCAGUCAAAAGGCCACCAAGCAACUGUGCUAAUAAACCAUGCUGCGACGAGUUCUCCUCUGAGUUUCCCUUCAGUCUUAAUAUUUUCUUGCCGGGAACAAAUAAUAUUGUGCAAGAAUUUGUGAGUCUUCGACAUCGGCUUACAACAGCCGAGUUGCGAGUUCGCCUUCGAAUGGGUCUGAAUACAUUUGAGUCCGGCUGUAUAUACAAUAAAGAGAGAGUACUUCGUGUGGAGAGCAUUACUGUGGACGAUCUUAUCAAAGCUGUAGACCUAUUGGACGCUGUAUUUCCAGCAUGGAACGUAUGGAGCAGUUCUAAGACAGAUGCAGAGCUUAGCCAAAGUUAG